AUGCCUCCCUAUUCUGCAAGAAACAAGGUUCCCACCAUUCAGAAGCUCGCAGAAGACCUCUCGCAGCGAUUAAAUCUUCAGAAAGCUGAUGCAUCCAAAGCGACCUCUGGAAAAGAAUCUGAAAAAAUUGCGGUCGCAAAAGCAGCUUCAAGAAGAAAAGUCGUUGAUCCUACGACGAAGAAUGAAGUUGAAAUACAGGAUGUGGACGGGUCGUUCGAGAAUGCCAUUCGUCGUCCGAAAAUCACCAUCCCUCGCAUCGAGCAUCUCCCAAAGGGCCAGGGUGAGGAGUAUAGGCGCACUCUGGACGAUCUAGCACCACCCGAAGCUGAUCCAGAAAGGACGCAUGAGCAUUUCCAACGCAGCAAAAAAUACCGGGCGACUUACCAUCCACUCCCUCUAGCUGACCUGAAGUCCAGCUUUCAGGCAUUGGAAGGAGCCAUACAUCAGACCACCGCGGUCAUCAUGUUUGGUAUUGUAGCGCUGAACUGGAUAUUUCUCGGUGGAGGCUGGAAAGGGCUACUCGCAUCUUUUUCUACCGGGGCAGUUGUGGCAUGCGGAGUGCAUCUCUGGCUCCGUAACAUACAAGAAAGUGCAACUGCUGCGACUUGGGAUGCUGAGCGCCAGCGAGCAACUGCUGCAAUAGAGUCGCUUGUUCCAGAAUCGGCAGAAUGGAUCAACUCGCUAGUUGAUAUCGCUUGGAAGUUGAUCAAUCCAGAGAUUUUUGCUGCAAUGGCGGAUACGCUUGAGGAUGUCAUGCAGGCAUCUGUUCCCCAAGCUCUGAUACAAAAUGUCAAGGUGUCUUCAAUCGGACUUGGGGACGAAGCUUUCAAAAUACUAUCCCUUCGUUCCCUCCCCUCCGUGGAAGAAGACGCAGUGCAAAACGAGAAACGUGACAGCGAAUUUUCGCAACAAGAGAAGGACGCAAAAAAGGAAGAGAGGGUAUUGGAAGGUGAAGACGACCCAAACGCAAAGUACUACAAUCUCGAGGCCUCUUUCGCGUACCAUGCGAUUCCCGCCAAGGGCGUGAUUGGAAAGGCCAAAAAUUUGCAUCUGGAAGUCAUCUUCUUCCUUGGGGUUCAAGGUCUUGUAGGCGUUCCAUUGCCUAUAUUCGUGGAAUUGAAUGGCAUCAUUGGCACCGUGCGUCUUCGAUUCCAGCUUACACCGAAUCCCCCAUUUCUAAAGAACUUGACCUUCACAUUCAUGGGCCUUCCAAAAAUCGAUGCUUCAGCAAUACCGCUCACGUCCAAGGGAAUCAACGUUCUGAACUUGCCGCUGAUAUCCAGAUUCAUCAAUUCUUCCAUUGCCGCAGCACUGGACAUGUAUGUUGCCCCCAAGUCUCUCAUUAUGGAUCUGUCCAAGAUGCUGCAGGGCGAUUCCGUGAAGAAAGAGACGGACGCCUUGGGGCUCAUAUAUGUCAGGAUCAAACGAGCGGAAGGUAUCGCUGCUCAGGAUAGGUUGGGCAAAAGCGAUCCCUUCAUUACUCUUGCCUUUUCAGAAUUUGGAAAGCCAGUUUACUGCACCCGCAUUAUUGAACAAGAUCUCAAUCCCCGCUGGAAUGAACAAACAUGUGUCCUCGUAUAUCAGGAACAACUUAUGGCAGGCGAGAGGCUCUCGGUAGAAUUAUGGGACUCGGACGUGAUUACCUCGGACGAUGUGGUUGGCAAAGUGCAUUUCGAUCUUCGGGAUUUGAUAAAGAACUAUAGCAAUCGGAUCGCCGAGCGCGCUGAUACUCUUGAAAGCGAGAAGGGGGAAACUCUGCCGGGGAAACUGUACUGGGACGUCGGCUACUUUCCACGUGCGGAGUUCAAGGCAUCUAUGCAAUCACACGGCAAGGAUGUGUCUCUCCCCGACUCACUCCAAGACCGACCCGAGUUUCAAGAUGACAAGGGUGUCGUGACCACGCUACAUGAGGUCAAUGUCACCACAACGCCUCCCGACCCCUCAUUCCCUUCAGGUAUAUGCACAGUCCUUAUCCAUCAAGUGUCAAAUCUCGAGGUGCAUCGUCAGUCGGGAACCUUUGGCAGUUAUGAAAUCUGGAAUCCGGCUCAAGCCACGGGAGAAAAUACCGACGAAGAAGCGGACGACUUGCCCUCUUCCUAUUGCACGAUUUUGCAGAAUGACGAAUUGGCGUUCAAGACCCGUACAAAGGUCAAAAGCUCGACGGCGAUAUUUAAUGCCCAGACUGAGCGUUUUGUGAGAGACUGGCGCACGAGCGUUUUCACCAUUACAUGCCGAAACAGCGUCCACAGAGAACAUGACCCGAUUCUUGGUGCAGUCGUCAUCAAGUUAAGCGAAGUCCUGAAGACGGCAUCGCAGAAGACGGCGGUCUAUGCUCUCGAUGGCGGCAUGGGAUACGGCCGGAUCUUGGUCUCAGUCUUGUUUAGGUCGGUCAAUUUGAAGUUGCCCAAGAACUUGCUGGGCUGGGACCUGGGCAGCGUCGAACUCCUGGGCGACAAGGUCGUUGUCGAGGGUGAUGUAGCUCGAGCUUUGUCCAAUUCUCGAAUUACUGUCGCUUCUGAUUCCGGGAAACGCAACAUUGCACGGAGCUGGAUCGACAGCAGCGGGAACGGCGCUUGCACGACCGAAUGGAGUCUCGGCUACUUCAGAGAAGGUUCAAAAGAGCUGCAGCGCCACCGCGUCAUCGUUCCUGUCCGCCAUCGCUAUCAAUCUCCCCUUCGACUGCAAUUUUACAGCUCUGCAAGCCGGAAGCCCAUCGCAUACGCUGUGUAUUGGCUUGCCGACUUGGUUGACAACACGUCCACGGAGCUCACUCUUCCGGUGUACAAGACGUCCCAGCCUAAGCAACUGACGCAGAACUACCUCAGGAGCGAUGAGCCCGCAGACCAGUAUGGGGUGGAAAAGAUAGGCCAGGUCAAGUUAACAGUGCGAUUCAAGAUGGGCAUGGAUAAUUCUCAUUACGAGUGGCUCAAAACGAAUGACGACUUUGAGAGUUUCGAAAGCUGGCGAUGCACCCUUGCAGAGGGUUACCGCAUCAGGAUUGUAAAGCGCGAAACACCAGAAACAGUAAAGCAGUUGCUCAAGAGUGAGGAGACCAGUUGUGAGGAUUCCAAAAUGAGCACCAGUGAUGACGCAAGUAGCAAAGACGAAGAGGACGACGAUGCCGCCGAUUCAGAACAGCUCCGAUUUCCCCGCAAGGCACCGGGAGCCGACGCGGAAACCGACACGCCUCCUUCAAACCCGGAAUCAUCCACGAGCCAAGCAUUCGCGCACGAGCUCGGCCAGUACGCCUCGUCCGAUGACUCGACCUACACGGAUGACGACGAUCCCUCAAUUUUUGUCCAAGAGGAUCUCAUGGACUCGGAAAUUGAAGAUGAGGAGCUCAAGAAGCGGCGACAGAAGCAGGACGGUCGAGAGAGCAAAGCAGAGCUCCACCGAAAGCUCAGAGGAAGCAUGAACAUCAAGGCGGUGCGCCAGCUCAAGUUUGUCAAGGACGAGGCAAAGGUGCUGGGACGCAAGAUUAAGAGCCGAUUUAGUAUGAAGGGGCGCGAGCCAGAAGUUGAAACGGAGAUUUCCCAAGGAAACUAA